GGGGGCCCCAGGCCAGUGCCUGUCGGCCGCUGUGGCCCGGGCUCCGCGUCCAGCUCCCAGCAUAGCCUCUGAGUCCCCGGCACCGCCGCCGUUGCCGCCGCCACCGCCAGGUGAUGCGCCCUGCCACAUACUGCUGCAUCCCCUUGCCUGGGGCUCUUGAUGAAUGAGUGGCCUUUCCUGAGCAACCCAGUUUGUGGUCAUUAUUUCCCAAGGCCCCUGGUCCUGCCAUGGACCCCAAUGAUGAAGGGGAGGAGCAGAUGGCUGAGGAAGAAGCCUCAGGCCUUGGCCCCAGGGGAGCAGUUGGGACAGGAACACAAGAGAAUUCCAAGAGUGGGCCUCGGAGUCUGGCCCCUGGCAAGGUGGAGCCCAAGAAGUAUGCAGUCACCGAUGAUUACAAGCUUUCCAAACAGGUGUUGGGCCUCGGUGUGAAUGGAAAGGUCUUAGAAUGCUUCCACCGGGUGACAGGCCAGAAGUGUGCCCUGAAGCUUCUGUAUGACAGUCCCAAAGCACGGCAGGAAGUAGAGCAUCACUGGCAGGCCUCUGGCGGACCCCACAUCGUGCGCAUCGUGGACGUGUAUGAGAACAUGCACCACAACAAGAGGUGCCUCCUUAUCGUCAUGGAAUGUAUGGAAGGUGGCGAGCUUUUUAGCAGGAUCCAGGAGCGGGGCGACCAGGCUUUCACUGAGAGAGAGGCCUCGGAGAUCAUGAGGGACAUUGGUACAGCCAUCCAGUAUCUGCAUGCCAUGAACAUUGCUCACAGGGACGUCAAGCCAGAAAACCUGCUCUAUACUUCCAAAGGGAAAGACUCAGCCAAGCUCACGGACUUUGGUUUUGCCAAGGAGACCACUCAGAAUGCCCUCCAGACGCCCUGCUACACACCCUAUUAUGUGGCCCCUGAAGUGCUGGGUCCUGAAAAGUAUGACAAGUCCUGUGACAUGUGGUCACUUGGGGUUAUCAUGUACAUCCUUCUUUGCGGUUUCCCUCCAUUCUACUCCAAUACUGGCCAAGCCAUUUCACCUGGGAUGAAGAGAAGGAUCCGAAUGGGACAGUAUGGAUUUCCCAAUCCUGAGUGGUCUGAUGUCUCGGAAGAAGCCAAGCAGUUGAUCCGACUCUUGCUAAAGACAGAACCUACCGAAAGAAUGACCAUCGCUCAGUUCAUGAACCAUCCUUGGAUUAAUCAAUCAAUGGUGGUACCCCAAACCCCUCUUCACACUGCCCGGGUCCUGCAGGAAGACAAAGACCACUGGGAUGAAGUGAAGGAAGAGAUGACCAGUGCCCUGGCGACCAUGCGUGUAGAUUAUGACCAGGUGAAAAUCAAAGACUUGAAAACUUCUAACAACCGUCUCCUUAACAAACGACGAAAGAAACAGGCUGGUGGUUCCACAUCCUCCGCAGGCUGCAACAACCAAUAAGAAGAGAGGACUUAGGGGCCAGUGGACAGCCCAGAUCCCAGCUUCAUCCUCCCCCAUCAUUUGGGGCAAGACCCGGAUUGGGCCUUGCACAGUGUUGGGGAACCAGGCUUGGCAGGAGGAGAGCAAGGACAGGCUUGGGUUUCUGACAAAACUCAGGACUUUUAGGGUUUAGGGCAUUUGGCCUUUUAAGUGAAAAAGGGGUUGUAUUGUUCUAACAAAGUGUGACAUUGGGCUUAAAAAUGGUGGUGAUGAUGACCCAAGAGUCCUGGUAUUUGGGACUCUAUAGCUUUAGCCAUACACCAAGUCGAGAGAAAGGGUUCAGCCAAAGCUUUUAGUUGAUCUUUUCCGUGCAUAGCAGCAGGAGUUAGUUAUUUGGUGGGAGAGGGGAUGGCUCUCUGGAAGGAGUUGAACAUUCUCACAUUAGUGCCUCCAUUAAUUACUCCUCAGGUCUCCCCUCAAGGAGAGAGGUACUUGUCUAGUUUGAAAUACCCUUGCAAACCAAGAUGUCCUGAGGAACUGGAACUAAUCAAGAGGUAGAUUUAUUAAUCCCCUCUCCCUCCCCCUCUCUCUCUCCCUCUCUCUCUCUC